AUGAGCAGCUUUGCCUCCGGGCCAACCCACAAUGUCACCCCGAACACAGCGCCGCACCAACCACAUGACAUGACACCCGACUCGGAGGCCAUUCCUGCCAAAGAGCCCGCGAUAUGUCCCACAGAUACCGAUAACCUCAUUCCUUCUAGAAAGAGCGAUGGUAGCAGACCGAUACAGCGGCAGAGCGUAGAGUAUGCCGUACGGAGUGGCAUAGCUGGAGGUAUUGCAGCAUGUGCAGCGAAGACAGUGGUGGCGCCGUUGGACAGAGUCAAGAUCCUCUUCCAGGCCAACAACCCGCAGUUCCAGAACUACACGGGAACAUGGUCGGGAGCCUUGAAGGCUAUGAGAGACAUCUACCUUGCGAGCGGACCCAGCGGACUCUUUCGAGGGCAUAGUGCUACACUACUCAGGAUCUUCCCAUAUGGCGGCAUCAAGUUCCUGGCUUACGAGCAGAUAAGAGCAGUGGUGAUUCCUGAAAAGGCGCAGGAGACUCACGCCAGGCGAUUUGCAGUGGGUGCAUCGGCAGGUCUUGCGUCAGUGUUCAUUACAUAUCCGCUGGAAGUGAUACGGGUACGGUUGGCAUGGGAGACCAAAAGCACGAAGCGAAUGUCAGUGAGGGACGUCUGCAAGACUAUAUACAACGAGCAUGCGCCUCUGCCAAAGGUCGGCGUGGAGGGUACAAACCUGCCAAAGACUGCAAUUGCAGCUGUGGAGGCCACACAAGCAACGAUAAAGGCUGCAACACCUUCGACCGGUCUUGGGAACUUCUAUCGAGGCUUCACACCGACAGUAUGGGGCAUGCUUCCAUACGCAGGAGCCUCUUUCCUAACCCACGACGCAGCAGGUGACUUCAUGCGACUACCACGAUUCGCGCAAUGGACUCUUCUACCAAUGUCAGAGCGAUCACAGAAACAGCUCGCACCGGGAAAGCCAGCACCGCUCGUGUGGUGGGCAGAACUCAUCACUGGAGCAGUAGCCGGCUUCGUCAGCCAGACAGUCAGCUACCCGCUCGAAGUGAUUCGCAGGAGAAUGCAAGUCGGCGGCGUGGUCGGUGAUGGCCAUCGAUUGACGAUGAUCGAAGUCGCACGAUCUAUCACGCGCGAGAGAGGGUUCCGGGGCUUCUUCACUGGUCUUGGGAUUGGGUAUGUGAAGGUUGUGCCAAUGGCGGCUACAAGUUUCUAUGUUUAUGAACGCAUGAAGGUGGUCUUUGGGAUAUAG